AUGCUUGUUACAAAGCAUGCGGCAGAGCUCUGUGCUCUCCUUGUAAAUGACCUCUUUGGCGAGCUUCCGUCUCGCAUCCUUGUCGCGCUCUUUACCAAGGGCCGGAGCACCAUCCCGCAGCUGCUACAGCACACAUCCCUGAGUCCACGGCAUCUUCGAAACGGACUCGGUGUUUUGGUUCAGCAAAAUCUUCUCUACCAUAACACCGACCCCGAUACGAGAUCGACGAGUUACGAAGCCAACUCGGAUGCUUGCUAUAAUCUCAUAAGGUCUGGCAAAAUCCUUCAAGUCAUCAAUAGCCAGUAUGGCGCCGCCGAGCGAGAUUUGGUUCAGACGUUGAUGCAACUGGGCUACGCUCGAGUCGCAGACCUUAUACACGCGUUCACAACCAGAGCCCCUAAAACGAAUGGCCACACAAACGGAUCGCAUGACUCUUCAACUGGCUUGAUUGAAACCAAAGACCAUCUCUACUCCGCACUGGCUCGCCUGAUACAAGCAGAAGUACUGGAAACGGCUCAGCCUGGCAGCUUCCGCAACCCUGCGGAAGUAUAUCGGGAAAUCGAAGCCGACGUGACAAAGACUGCGCCUGGAGAAAGGGCCAGUAAAAGUAAAAUUGAGCAGCACAUGCAAAUUGUGGAAAAGUUCAAGUCCUUCAGGGACCAGAGCAAAGCGCUGAAACGCCAGUUGGACCUUAGAUCUGGCCCUGGCACAAAACGCAGAAAGUUGCAGAAUGGAUCUAGUCGGCAUGACGAUUUCGUCCUUGAUGACGCCCCAGAUUUGAAUCCCAACGUUGUGGUCAGAGUCAACCAUGAAAAGUGUCUCGUCGAGCUGCGCAAUCAGCGCCUCGCGGAUUUCGCCGCCGAUGCGCUUGGGGAGAUUACUGGUCACGUAUACCGGACACUGUUGGACCUGCUGACAGUGAAAACGUCGAGAUGUCGGGCUGACGCUCUGAUUGGCGACCAGAACCAUGGCCCGCAGACAUCAGUCACAACCAUGGAGAUAUAUGAGCAUCUAGAUGAUGACGUUGACGUCGCUGGGGGUAUAGGAAAACCACCAAAGGAUAAGAUAGACAUCGACAGUGCCGAGAAGAUAAGGGCGGGACCCUACGCCUACGACAGCGAUUCGGAUGAAAAUGAAGACGAGGAUGAAGGGUCAAGCGUAAAGCCCGCCGCGGCCCCUCGUGGAAGACUGGCGAGGGUCGUGGCAGCCGCUGCGGCCAUGGACGUGGAUAGGGAUUCCGAGAAUGCCAUGGACAGCAAAGGCCAGCAGGAACACUUGAACGGCCACAGGCUUACCAAGGUCAAAUUCGAAGACGGUGCCACUUCUGGGGAUAGUCGGCUUAACCAAAUGCGGAGCCAUCUUCUGCUGCUGUCUGAAAGCAAGCAUCGGUUUGUUCGCCAUUGCGGGACCCAAGGUCGUGGGCAAUGGGCCGUGGAUUUCGACAUGCUGAUGGAUCGUUUGCGCGAAUCAGAGCUUGAUGCCUUCAUUGAGCGGUCGUUUGGACGGCAUGGCCUUCGCUUGACUCGCAUUCUGCGGGAAAAGGGAAAGUUGGACGAGAAGAUGCUUCCCUCCGCUGCUCUUAUGAAGAAGUCGGAUGUGCAGGGGAAGAUGCUGGCCAUGCAAAUGGCCGGCAUUGUCGACGUCCAAGAGGUGCCAAAGGACAACAGCAGACUGGCCAAUCGUACACUGUUUUUCUGGUUCUUUGAUAUUGAGCAAACUCAAUCACAGCUGCUCGAUGACGUGUACAAGGGAAUGCUGAGGUGCUUGCAGACUUUGGACGUGCAGAGGCACAAGGAGCGCAACAUUCUCUCCUUUGUUGAGAGAAAGGAUGUUCAAGGCAAGGAGCAAGAAGUAAUGACUACGGAGCAUUACAACAAGUAUAACCGGCACUUGGAGGUACAGAAAAGGCUCCUGGGACAGGUGAUGAGACUAGACGACAUGGUGGCAGUGUUUCGAGAUUAUUAA